AUGUCUUGGAAAAAAGAUAUUCGAGUGGUGGUUGGCAUAGAUUUCGGAACUACUUAUUCGGGAUUUUCUUACUGUCAUGUAGCAUCUGAUAACAAAGAAAUUAUUACAAACGACCAAUGGCCCGAUAACGCUGGUCAAUUUAAAACAAACACUGUUCUUCAAUAUGAUAAAAUCUUCGAAAAUGUGGAAAAAUGGGGAAAGCCUGCUUUAUCUAAACGAAGUCGAAGGGGUGAAAAAAAAUCAGAAACUAGACCUGUGGAAUUAUUUAAAUUACAUUUAGGAAAUUUAGAUGAAAAUUUAAGACCUAAGCUUCCCAUUAAAUAUAAAAAAGCUAUUACUGACUAUCUUGAAGAAAUUGGAAAAUUGAUUAGAAAUACACUUAAAACCCAUUGGGAUGAUGUAGAUUUAUUUAAGAAUGUCCUUUUGGUACUCAGUGUUCCCGCAGAAUAUUCAGAAAAGGAAAAGGCGAUAAUGAGAAAAUGUGCAUACAAUGCCAAAUUAAUUGACGACAAAUAUACACAAUUUUUACAAUUUACUACUGAACCCGAAGCUGCUGCGGUCUAUUGUAUGGAAAAUUGUUUAAAAGAAUACGAUUCGACUGGUAUAGGAACAACUUUCAUGAUUGUUGAUUGUGGAGGGGGCACAGUGGAUCUAACAACUCGAAAACUUGUAGGUGAAAAGAAGGUUGGUGAAGUUACUGAAAGAGCAGGGGAUUAUUGUGGAAGCACAUUUAUCGACCAAGAAUUUCUCAAGUAUUUGGGAAAUCUUUUAGGUCACUCUGCAAUCGACAAAUUAAAAGGAAAUAAUUAUAAACAGUUGCAAUAUAUGGUUCAAAAAUUUUGUCGACAUGCCAAACUUCCAUUCACUGGCGAAGAUAAAAAUUUUCACUAUGAAUUAGAUCUUUUGGACACAGCACGUGAAUUGCAACAAUAUGUUACCGAUAGCUUUAAAAAAUCAAUGGAUGAAAAGGAAUGGAUUAUUGAUAUCAAUUAUGAUGAUAUUAAAUCAAUGUUUGAUCCGAUUAUCGAUAGGAUACUUAAUUUAAUAACGGUACAACUUAAAAAUUGUCGUAAUGAAUGUUCAACAAUGUUUUUAGUUGGUGGGUUUAGUCAAUCGGCAUAUUUACAAAGUUGCAUUAAACUAAAAUUCAAAGAUAGGGUGAAGACGAUUUCAGUUCCUACUCAUCCCAUUGCCGCCAUAGUUCGUGGCGCUACAUUAUACGGUUUAGGAUUUUAUAACAAGAUCAAUAAUUUAGAAAAUGGGGAUAAUGUAAAAUGUAUAUUAACAACUCGUGUAUUAAAAUUCACUUAUGGCAUUGAAAUUUUUGAAAAUUGGAAAUCAACCGAUCCAAAAGAACGAAAGAAUUUUAGAGGCGAUAUUUUGAAAUUUCAUCGUAUUGCUAAGCGAGGUGAAGAAAUUGAAAUUGACAAAGAGAUAAUUGUAAGAAAUCUCUGUCCCAUAGAUCUUUUACAAAAAAUUGCGGUAUUCUCUAUAUAUUACACACGAGAAUAUGAUGCCGAAUAUUGUGACGAACCUGGGAUGGAAUUAUUAGGAAAGCUCAAGAUAAAUUUUCCGAAUAGUGAGUUUAAUAGAAAUAUUAGCUUUGGUUUAUCGUUUGGCAGCAUGGAAAUUACUGCCACUGCAAAAAAUGAAACAAAUGGACAAAACUAUCUUGCUACUUUUGAAAUAGAUAAAGAGAAUGAUUGA